AUGGCUCGAUAUCCUGCCCAUACCGGCACCAUUGCUAAUACUUUGCUUUUCCCUACUCAGCAUUCGCACAUACUCCGGACAUUCCUCAGACACAACCGCGUGGUCACACACCAUACCCCUAACCUUACAAUUACGGCACACCACAUCCUUCUUACAAUUACCCCUCAAAUGCCCAGCCUCACCACACCGUUGGCACAAUCUCUCACUCAUACUACACUCACGCAUCAUAUGCCCAAAUGCAUAACACUUAUGGCACCUCAACACAUUCAAAUACUCCCUCACCUUAAACGCAUACCAAUUCACAUACAUACACACAACCGCGUGGUCACACACCAUACCCCUAACCUUACAAUUACGGCAUACCACAUCCUUCUUACAAUUACCUCUCAAAUGGCCAGCCUCACCACACCGCUGGCACAAUCUCUCACUCAUACUACACUCACGCAUCAUAUGCCCAAAUGCAUAACACUUAUGGCACCUCAACACAUUCAAAUACUCCCUCACCUUAAACCUCCUGACUCGCCAUCUCAUUCGGCACAUCGUACACAAUUACCUUGGGACCAAUCUUCCUAG